CAUCGAAAUUCUGUUUUUUGAGCUCCCCUCGUUCUCAGCUCUGGUCUCCUCCACCUUCGCAUGGCUGACUCCGAACAUUCCUCCUCUGAUGACACUAAUGCUGAUUCUCAAGAGGAAACGAAUGAAGGAUCAAAGUUGGAAUUCUCCGAAGAUGAGGAAACACUAAUAAUAAGGAUGUAUAAUCUAGUUGGGGAGAGGUGGGCUCUAAUUGCUGGGAGGAUUCCUGGAAGGACAGCCGAGGAAAUUGAGAAGUACUGGAAUACCAGGCACUCCACAAGUGAAUGAAUUGAUGGAUGGCUGACUUCUGUUGAAAAAUGUAGACACUAGUACUAGAUGGAAUAUCAGGGGCUUAAUUCAUUUUCUUGUUCACAAAUUUUCUUCUCUUUGCAUGUGACUGUGCAGUGUUAAUGUAAAGGUAUUUUUUUUCCUAAGUUAAAUUGGGGAAUAUCUCCAUCCAUAUGACUAUAAGGUAGAUUCCCUAGUGAAAAAUCACUCUUCUACAUAAAUUUUGGACUUCUAU